ACAGUGAAUACGGAUGUUUUGAAGGGUUUUAAAGUACAACACGGCCAGAAACGGAUACAAAUUAAAAGGAAAAAUGUUGGAAAUCCCAUGAUGGAGCAGUGAUUGAUUACGUAGUUGAAGAUUCAUUGGUGCUAUUGUGCGUUGAGUGUGUCACCAAAGAAGUCAAAUGAUCCGUGAUAUUAGUGUUGAAAUCCUCGAAGAAAAGCGGUGAAAUUUGCGACUAAUUUCAUACGGCUAUUUCGUACGGGCUUGAAUAAUAUCAUCGUGGAAGCCUGCUUUCAUGAUUGCAAGAAGAACGGCCAACUAAAAUCCAACUAGCCAUCCGCCGAAGUAAAAUGAGUAGAGAAGUACAAAAAGAAAAUAGUACCCCAUCCAACGAGGCUCACCAAUAUGUGGGGCCAUAUCGUCUGGAACGAACGCUGGGGAAAGGUCAAACUGGCCUUGUUAAAUUGGGAGUGCAUUGUGUCACCGCGAAAAAAGUAGCAAUUAAAAUUAUCAACCGGGAAAAGCUUAGUGAAUCAGUGCUGAUGAAAGUGGAGCGAGAAAUAGCUAUAAUGAAACUAAUUGACCACCCACACGUCCUUGGCCUGACGGAUGUCUAUGAAAAUCGGAAGUAUUUAUACCUGGUGCUGGAGCACGUUUCCGGUGGUGAGCUGUUUGAUUACCUGGUGAAAAAGGGCCGACUCACGCCAAAGGAGGCGAGAAAGUUCUUCCGGCAAAUUAUUUCUGCGUUGGAUUUCUGUCAUUCGCAUUCAAUAUGCCAUCGAGAUCUGAAGCCGGAAAAUCUCCUGCUCGACGACAAGAACAACAUCAAAAUAGCGGACUUUGGAAUGGCCUCACUGCAACCGGCGGGUUCGAUGCUGGAAACGUCGUGUGGCUCACCGCAUUACGCCUGCCCGGAAGUGAUUAGGGGUGAAAAGUACGAUGGCCGACGGGCGGAUGUUUGGUCCUGCGGUGUGAUCCUGUACGCUCUGCUGGUCGGUGCGCUACCCUUCGACGACGACAACCUGCGGCAACUGCUGGAGAAGGUGAAACGAGGGGUGUUUCACAUUCCACACUUUGUGCCACCCGAUUGCCAGAGUUUGCUGAAAGGCAUGAUCGAAGUGAAUCCAGAGAAACGACUAACGUUGUCCGAAAUUAACAAACAUCCCUGGGUAACCGCUGGCGGCAAAGGGGAACUAGAACUGGAGCUGCCCAUGAUGGAUGUCGUCCAAACUCACGUGAUCCCCAACGCAUCCGCCGUGGAUACGGACGUUCUCAACGCAAUAUGCUCGCUUGGUUGUUUCAAGGAGAAAGAUAAGCUCAUACAGGAGCUGCUUAGUCCAAAUCACAAUACGGAAAAGGUGAUCUACUUCCUACUGCUAGAUAGAAAACGACGGCGACCGGCCGUGGAAGACGACGAAGACGUACUUAGACCUCGGAACGAUAUUAUUGAAAUUGCUGAUCCCCCGCGGAAACGGCUCGACACCUGCAGGAUCAACGGUAGCAGUAGUCUCUCCUAUGGUCAGAUUAGCGAAGGUUCCCCACUGACCUCUAGGCGACAAACGUUCAACAAUGGCCGAAGCCACAGCAGCAGUAGGCGGUCUCCGUCGUCAGUUCCUCUGUCCCGCAGCUCAUAUCAAAGCCCAACCCGAGGGGUGGUCGUCAAUUCCAGUCAGCCACUUUCUCAACUGCAUCCUCCAUCCUCUCCUAAUUCGGUAGUGAAUCGACACGCGAAUUACGCUUGUCGGGAUCGAAAAUCACAAAUAAUCGAUCCUUCGUCGCCGGUGCAUCAUCGAGCAAACUCAGGACCGGCGAUAACCGUUGGCCUAUUUUCGGAAACGGAUUCCAACAAUAUGACAUCCUCAAUAAACGCAAUCCCUGGAUCACCGAUCCUGGGUAGCCCGCAGCAGCUUUCUGCCGUGAACACAGGCAGCCAACUAUGGAAGACAAGGCUGACGAACAUCAAGAAUAGUUUCCUCGGUAGUCCCAAGUUUCAUCGGAGGAAACUUCAAAUUUCAACCGAAGAAGUGCAUCUUACACCCGAAUCCUCACCCGAGUUAACGAAAAAGUCAUGGUUCGGUAAUCUGAUGACCACGGAGAAGGACGAAACUUUUACAGUUCUUGUCAAGGGAAAGCCCCUUGCAACGGUCAAAGCUCACCUAAUCCAUGCCUUUUUAUCGAUGACCGAGCUGUCCCACAGCGUGCUUUCGCCGAUGUCCUUUCGGGUGGAAUACAAGCGGGGUGGCACUGGACCAACCAUGUUCCAGCGGCACGUACGGAUACAGGUCGACAUCAAUACGAUCUGCAAGCAGGGGGACGUGAACGAUAUGCUGUUCGCCAUAACGUUUACGCUGAUUUCCGGCAACAUUCGUCGCUUCCGACGUAUCUGCGAGCACAUCCAGGCCCAGGUCUGCUCCAAGCGCUAUCCGGCGCUGUCCAGUCCAACGAAUCAACUUAACAACAAGGUUUCCUCGACAACGGUCGCCGAGAGCAUAUCGUGCGGUUCGGAUUCGAGCGAUCGAGUCAACUACAACAAACACGAAUCGGACAUAGAACCGGAGACGUUCUAUGACAACACCAGUAUUGGUAAGGCGCGAAGAUCCUCUGCUACAUCGUCCAACAAGAAUUCGGUGUCGUCUGACGAGAUUGAAAUUAAAACUGUACGAUCAAGCUCGGAAUCAACCGAACGCGACCGUGAGCGCACCUCCGAACGGACGGCGGCAAUGUCCGGUAGCGCGCUAGUAUGAGAGUUAUUUCUCUGAUAGGAUUUACCGAACACCAUUCCCCUCGACGGUGACGAUUCGGUCGAGUCCCAGUCCAGAAAAGAGCCGCUACAGCAGCAGCCCGUACCCUCGUCACCGUCGGUGGUGGCGGCAGAUGCAGAACCUACUAGCGGCCCUCCUACGCUAUCCGUAUCUACUGCUAGUACUGAUCCUAUUGCUCCUACCAGCGAUUCCACGCGCUCUGUCCAAACUAACAUUUCGAGUGAUGAAACCGCAGAUCCGAACGCAAAUUGAACACAGCAGGCGAGCGAGCGAGCGCAGUUAUCGGGCAAAAACGAAACACCCAUCAAAGUUAGCUUAAAUGUUUUGCAGAGAAAAAAAAUGUGCUACAAUCAGUGUUGUGAAGUGUCAUUUGCAAUCACUUGUCUGACUUGACUCCGGUAACUGUUCAAUUUUUCAACUACAUAAUUCUCCCCAAAUUGUUUUAUUAGUAUCUUUUUGAACAAAAGUUGAAUUCUGAAUCAAUGAUCAGAAAACUCAUGCAAGAUUAAAAUUAAGAGCGAGUCAAAUUUCAACGGAAUCAUAGACCAACAUGUUUUGAAUAACCUAAACAUGAAAGUUACCGAAACAUGAAUGAAUUGGAUUAUCCCCCUGAAUCAGUAGUUUCAAGACCAACGUUUGAAAAGAGCAUAACACUUUUUUAUUCUAUUCAGUUCCUCCCCUAGCAACACUAUUCCGAAAGAUUAGGUUGCAGCAACUCAUAUAUGACUCGAUUCAGUUGUAUAUUAGUUACAAAACCUUAUCUAUGGCAAGUGUACUGCUCGGGUCGUCUACUUCCACGUAAAAAAAAAGUAAUGUAGUUUAUUAUUAUUAGAUUUCCAAUAAUACUUUUUUUGCUAAACAAGAGACUUAUACAUUGCAUUAUAUACAUAGCUAUAUACGUGGGUAAAGAAAUGGGAAAAAUAAAUUUGGGCUGUUACGCCCUUUUCAAAUGCAGG